UGAGUCGCGCAGAAGUGACGUCCCUCGCACACAACAAUCGAUAUGGCGCCGAGAACCAGAGUCAAGGAGGAUACCCGAAAGGAGGCAGAGCAAGGGAGCUCGCUGGGAGGCGCCGCAGAUAUCGAGAGCUCUUUUGCGGACCUUGCUCAGGCGCAUUGGCUGAAGCCAUCGAAGAAGAAGGCUACAAAGGUCAAAGUCAAGCCCGAUGUUCUGAAGAACGAUAUUUGGGAUGUUCUGGAGCAAGGAGACUUUUCAUUCAAGUCACUUCUGGUUUUGGAGAACUUGCAGAUUCUUGAAGGUUACCUAUGGCCAGGUUAUUCCGAAGACUCUUCAAACUUUCACGUUAUUCUGAUAGUCUUGAUCGCCAAUGUUCGGACUAGGGAACAUCUGCCAACUUGGGACAUAUUCGCCGACAAUCCAACAGAAUUCUCGACUCUUUUCCGCCGAAUAUUGUCUAUGACGUUGGAUAAUACAUUAUCUCCGACAAUCCGAACCCAUCUGCUUUCCUUUAUCAUUUGCUCGUUCCAGUCGCUGGACAGUGGAAUUGUGAGGAAAGAAUGCGCCCCGUUAGUAUCCAUAUCGAUAUGGCACAACAUUUCUUGUGAGGCAAAACGGGAUAGGAUAUUGAACCAAACUGUCCAACUCAAGAAAGCUUGGAGGGCGGCAGCGAAACGUUAUGAUGCAGCAGAUAAUGCAGUCAAGGCGAGACUUCGAUUUGAGAGGUCAUGGCUGUUCACACUUUUACUGGACUUCUUCAAUCAACUCUACAAUGAGAAGAGCAAAGCUGAAAAUGUACGGUAUUGCGAACGUUUCAUCGAGUUCUUGUCGGACCUUCAAAGUCAACUUCCGACUCGACGCUAUGUCAAUACACUUCUCAAAGAUCUCAACACUCUCACAGCUAUCAAGAUGUCUCCCAUGUUCAACGACGAAGAUAAUGGUCUUCUAAGAGACCUAUAUGGACUUCUUAAGCACUAUACCUACUUUUCUAUCGACGACCAUACUGGCGUGCAACACAGCCGAACUGAAGCGUACGAGCGGCAUUGUUCUGUGCUUGCCACGUUGCAGCGGACAGCGUUGAAGAAUUUCAAGGAGAAGUUAACGAUCUUGGCAUUGUCUAAUUAUGGAUCUAUUGACAAGCGUUCAGAGCUUGAGGGCCAUCUUGAACCACUUACUGAUGACGAGAUUGUUCGGCUCUGCGACCUGCUUGACGUCCGCUCUUCCUAUCCGUCAACGACUAGGGUUGUAGCCGACAGGAAGUUUCUGACGGAAGUUUUGCUCGCUGGCCAUGAGAAACGGAAAACCUUUCAGGAAACUGCGCGUGACCUUAGCAUCUUACCAACAGAGGUUACUCUAUUUGAGCCAGCACUCUUGAGGAAUGAUAAUUACAAUGGCUCCCAGCCGGUAGCGAUUCCAAAAUUGAAUCUCCAGUACUUGACAGUAGGGGACUUUUUAUGGAGAUCGUUCAUUCUGCAUCGUAGCGAAUCUUUCUAUGAAAUUAGGAAGAAUAUCGAAGAAGUUAUCGCAAGAAUUCGUCCGUCCUUGAAUAGAACAGGUCAGACAAGUUUUGAUGGAUUUUCUCGCAUGGCCUUGCCAAUCACAAGACCUUCUAUCCUUGAGGUUGUGCCACCACUUGUUGGGGACGACAAGCCAUCGGCAGUUAAAGCUGAGAUCUCGUUGGACGUCAGUCGUCUCGCGGACAAUGUGAGACGAGAGUGGGAAUCUCUUCGGCCAGACGAUGUCAUCUUCUUACUGGCAAUUCAAGCUCCUGAUGGGUCCAAAAUGACCAUGAAUGGAGGCGAGAUACCAUCUGAUUCCCAGAAGCUUGGCUUGAAGUAUGUCAGAGCUGCUGAGGUUACCCAGGUACUUGAUGAGAAGGGACGCUCUUUACGAGAUCAAAGCAACAAUCAGAAUGGCUAUGGCCGACCUCGACUUCGGAGAUUACAGAUAAAGCUCGAUGCGGCUAUGUACAAAGCAGACCUUGAGCGGGUUGCGAAAGGAAAGCCAGAUAUUUACGAAAGUAUGAAUGUCAUCGUACGCAGAAGAGGCCGCGAGAACAACUUCAAGCCUAUCCUUGAAUCGAUCCAAAGUUUGACACUAUCUGAUGUGCCUCUUGCGUCUUGGCUUCACGAAGUUUUCCUUGGCUAUGGAGAUCCAGCUGGAGCCACAUACACCCAUCUAGCAAAUCAACUCAAGAAGGUUGAUUACCGAGACACUUUUUUGGACUGGCAGCACCUGAUCGAGAGUCUACCAGGAAAGACUUUAGAACCUAGUGAGGAUGUGAAUGGAAGUUUCGGACCCCCAUAUGUUUUACAGAUGGCUCCUAUGGUAGAGGUGCCAGCUCCAACAAAACCAUCUAAAAAGCGUCGACGAGAUGCCGAACCCGAGCCACAGCUUCAGGCGCAAUCAGUUGAAGUUUCUACGUACAAGCCUCCGAACACCGGGCCAUACCCCACCGAUACGCCAAAGCUGAAUCAGGUCCGCUUUACACCUACCCAGGUGGAGGCAAUUGUCUCGGGGACCCAACCAGGACUGACAGUCAUUGUUGGCCCACCUGGAACCGGGAAGACCGAUGUCGCAACCCAGAUAAUCAACAACAUCUAUCACAACUUCCCAGAGCAACGGACUUUGUUGAUUGCUCAUAGUAACCAGGCACUAAAUCAACUCUUCCAAAAGAUAGUGGCUCUGGACAUCGAUGAGCGACACUUGCUCCGUCUAGGCCAUGGUGAGGAAGAACUUGAUACCCAGGCCAACUUCAGUAAACACGGAAGAGUCGAGUCGUUCUUCGACAAUCGCGAUGGGUUUCUUCGAGAGGUUGAUCGAUUGGCAGUCAAUUUUGGAGCACCUGGCGCACACGGCUCAUCUGCCGAGACAGCAUUAUACUUCAACUCAGUUUAUGUUCAACCCGCAUGGGCACGAUUCGAGGAAGUUUCCAAAUCACCAGAUGCUACAACAAAAACAAUUGUCGAGGCAUUUCCAUUUCACUACUACUUUUCCAACGCCCCACAACCUCUGUUCGCAGCCGAUGCGGACAAGGACGUAGUCUUAGACAUUGCGAACGGCUGUUUCCAUCACGUCAAGAAAAUUUUCGACGAGCUGGCAGAUCUUCGUCCCUUCGAAAUUCUGAGAAGAGAUCGCGAUAAGGCAAACUAUCUUCUCACUAACGAAGCAAGAAUAAUUGCAAUGACAUCGACCCAUGCAGCAAUGAGGAGGAGGGAGAUAGCAAGCCUUGGGUUUCAUUACGACAACGUAAUAAUGGAAGAAGCUGCGCAAAUCACCGAGAUUGAAAACUUCCUGCCCCUGGCAUUACAAAAGCCUAAAGAUGGGCAGAUGCCACUACAGAGAGUUGUUCUGUGCGGUGACCACUUCCAGAAUUCGCCCAUCAUUCAAAACCUUGCUUUCAGGCAGUAUGCCAAUUUAGAGCAGUCGUUGUUCUCUCGUCUGGUUCGGCUAGGCGUUCCAACAAUCAACCUUGACCAGCAAGGCAGAGCCCGACCUUCGAUAGCAUCACUGUACUCGUGGCGAUACCAAAAACUUGAUAACCUCCCUCUGACAUCGACGUCACCAGAGUUUCAAGUCGCCAACGCCGGUUUCAAGUAUGACUACCAAUUCAUUCAAGUACCUGACUACAAAGGGAGAGGGGAGUCAGAGCCGACCCCACAUUUCAUCCAGAAUUUAGGAGAAGCCGAAUAUGCCGUUGCGAUCUACCAAUUCAUGCGGCUCUUGGGUUAUCCAGCCUCGAAAAUCAGCAUUCUGGCCACAUACGCCGGUCAGCGCGCCUUAAUUGCAGAUGUGCUCGCUCACAGAUGUGCUAAGAACCCCCUCUUCGGCCUUCCCAAAAUUGUCACGACUGUUGACAAAUAUCAAGGAGAGCAAAACGACUAUGUCAUCCUCUCUCUGACACGUACAUCUCGCGUCGGUUACUUGCGGGAUGUGCGACGUCUCACUGUGGCUCUUUCUCGGGCACGAUUGGGACUGUACGUCCUUGGGCGACGUGAGGUCUUCGAAUCGUGCACGGAGCUCAAGCCAGCCUUCGAAAUCAUGCUAAAACGAUCUGAUAAGCUGCAACUUGUUGCUGGUGAAUUAUGGCCUAGUCAGAGAAUCCUCAAGGACGAGGAAGGUUCUGAUGUUCCAGGCCAAACUGAGAUGUCGGGCGUUGAGCAUCUGGGGCAGUGGGUGUUUGAUAUGACGAACACAAAGGUCGAGGAGUUAAGAGCUCAGAGAGGCCUCCCUGUGGGAGCACCGGUCCUGGCGGUCGAGGCUGGUGAUGAAGUUGUUGGCGCUGUAGAUGAGGAAGAUGGCUAUCUGGACGAGGAGCUGGAGGCAAUUGAAGAGGAUGUGGAAGAAGAAGAAGAAAUGAAUGGAGGAUCUGAAGCCGAAGGUGGAGAUGAUGAAUGAUUAAAAGGCUAAUCUGUAUGAACAGAUCGCUUCUGCACUGUAGUAUAAUGUGCUUGUAGUCCAAUGAAUACCCAGCAAACCUUCCAAUGGACACACACGAUAUCAUGUACAUUCAGAACUGCCCAGAGAGUCUGGAAACCAAUUCAGAUGUCACCCCGAGCCAGAUCAGCUUGCAUUAUUCAAGUCUUGCUGAUCGGCGUGUCCUCUGCACAACACAGCCAAUCGCUUAAAUAAAGUCUUGUACUCUAUCGAGACAAACAUUUUCUCUCUUGAUGGCGCGAGACCUCGCUUAGUCUACGCGUGGAAAAAUCUGCGGCAUGAUACAGACAUAAAUACAGAGGAUAUCAUCUCAAGCUCCUACCAAGAAACGAAUAGCAAAAACUAAAGCA